UCAAGGAGCGAAACGACUGGAUACCUUCAGGUGUACAUGCCAAAUCGCCGAAUACUGUGGCCUACAUGCUGAAAUAAUCAUUUAUCUGAUUAUGGCAGCCUUGAAAUUCAAGAUCGCUCUUGUCCAGCUGUUUGUGACUGCUAAAAAAGCUGACAACUUGAAGAAAGCUGCCAAACUAAUUAGUGAAGCAGCAAGGAAUGGUGCUAAACUUGUAGCAUUGCCGGAAUGCUUCAACUCUCCAUAUGGGACGUCCUACUUCCCUGAAUAUGCAGAAACCAUUCCUGGCCUAUCUACGGAAGCACUCUCAAAAGCUGCCAAGGAGAAUGGAGUGUAUCUUGUUGGAGGUUCAAUACCAGAGAAAGAUGGUGAUAAACUUUACAACACCUGUACUGUGUACAACCCAGCUGGAGACCUGAUUGCCAAACAUAGAAAAGUGCAUCUCUUUGACAUAGAUAUACCUGGAAAGAUCAGAUUCCAAGAGUCGGAGGUCCUUACAGCUGGGAACUCGUUGACCAUGGUGGAGACCCCAUUUUGUAACCUUGGAAUUGGAGUCUGCUACGAUGUGAGAUUUGCUGAAAUGGCGCAGAUUUAUGCCAAGAAUGGCUGCAACUUGUUGCUCUACCCCGGUGCUUUCAAUAUGACAACAGGGCCUGCCCACUGGGAGAUGCUGGCCAAGGCUAGAGCGGUCGAUAACCAGUGCUAUGUCGGCAUGAUUGCACCUGCCCGAGAUGAGAAGGCUUCGUAUGUAGCGUGGGGUCACAGUAUGCUAGUGGAUCCAUGGGGGACAGUGUUGGAGACCGCAGAAGCUGAUGAAAAGAUAGUUUACAGUGAUAUAGACUUGGCAUACAUGUCCCAAGUGAGACAACAAGUUCCAAUCACGUUUCAAAAACGGACCGAUCUCUACAAUAUCGAGAACAUUGUUUGCUCGAAAUUGCCGCGUCAUAGGAGUCCUUCGUCCAAGCCAUAGUCGACCCGUCUUCAACAGUACGACACAACAGUAACUGACGCCAUUUCAACAAUGGACAAUUAUUUCAAGCAAAGAAGAUGUGGACACAGUGACAAACUAUAUAUCUAACAAAUGUCUUGCUUAAAGGUGCCAACUGUGAACAGUAAAGGCACAUAAGAAUACUGGUUUAAUGAGUAAAUGUGUGAAAAAGCAGCUUAAAUUGUUCACCAAUGAAG